AUGAACUUCACGAAACACUAUUUCCACCUCCUCGUCGUUUACCUUUUCUCCUUUUUCGAUGUGUACGACGGGGUUAACGUAAACCGGAAGAAGGCCAUCCACAGAUUAAAUGGGGAACGAAGCAACAGCAUUUCGAUGGCCACAAUUUUCAGCCAACAGGGGGACGGAUACCUUUGCCACUGCUCUGUUUUGGGACGGUGCUUUAGUCGAAACCGAUGCAACGCGCUGCUAUUUCUGAUGACCGCUGCCGCAGUCUUAUCCGUAAUAUUAAUUGCCAUUUUGAUUCAGCGUGCGACUCACUUACCCCUUAAGGCCAAAGCGAAAGAAAAAAGGGGAACCACGGAGAAGGCGCGUACAGGAAGGAUAAAUGGGAAGAAGUAG